AAGCCGUUUUGGCCCGGCCCGUUUUUGAUCUGCGCCCGCUCCGCCGCUCUCUGCUCGGAGCACAGGGCGCGGCACGGACGGGCUUUCUCUCGGAGGUCCGCGCGCAUCCCGACCUGUGCUGUGCUCCGUGCCUCCGGCGCGCCGCCCUGCGGCCAUGGCCGCUCCCGCCCCCCGCCGCAGCCGCGCGGCACUGCUCGCCGUGCUCGGCGGGCUCGCCGCCUGGGGCGGCUCGCGGGCCUUCCUGUUCGGGGGCAGCGACCCCGAGCCGGGCUCCCCCGAGGCCAUCGAGCGCGUCAAGGGGCUGCUGCUCAAGGCGGAUGCGGUGUUCUUCGACGUGGACAGCACGGUGGUGAAGACGGAGGGUAUCGACCUCAUGGGCAAGUGCUUCGGGGUCAUGAAGGAGAUCGCCGCGUUGACCCACAAGGCCAUGGACGGGAACGUGAAGUUUCAGGACGCCAUGGCCGACAGGCUGCAGCUUAUGGCCGACCACGGCAUGACCAGGGACGGGCUGGAGGAGUGUGUCGUCAAGGAGGGUGUGCCCCAGUGGUCGCCGGGCGUACAGGAGGUCGUGAAGAUGUUCCACAAGCAGGGCACCGAGGUCUACCUCGUCUCUGGCGGCUUCAAGAACAUGCUCUACCCCCUGGCGCUGGAGCUGCACAUUCCCCAGGACAAGGUGUAUGCCAACGAGGUGCUCUUCGACGAGAACGGCGAGUACGCAGGCUUCGACAGGAAGAACCCUACGGCCGCCUCCGGCGGCAAGCCCAAGGUUCUCAACAUGAUGAGGCGCAAGCACGGCUACAAGACCAUGAUCAUGUUCGGCGACGGGGCCACCGACAUGGACGCGCGUACGCAGGGCCCGGCGGCGGCCUUCGUCGGCUACGGCGGAGUGACCGUGCGGCCGAACAUCAAGGCGGGUGCGGAUUGGUUCAUCCAGAAUUUUCAGGAGAUUCUGGACGUGCUCCCUAAGGGCCACGCGCUCUGAGCUUCACCUGAACUGAUCCUGACACGGAAUUAGCGGAUAGGUUUUGGUCUUGGUAGGUCCGCCUUCUGAGCAGGCCAGCUCGUAAUACCCACAAUAGUCUGCCAAGCUACAAUUUUCGGCGGGCCUGAAUUGAACGAGCUCAAGAAAA